CUACGGAGAGGGCCGUUGGCUUGGGCCUGCGGUACGCCGCUUCAGCGAGGGGCUCGACCGCGGCCACCCGGCCUGUUGCUUUUCUGGGCGCCACUCCUCCGGCUCCCCCAAGACGUGACGCGCCCGUAGCGCAGCACCGAUUCCUCUCGUGCUUUUGGGCGCUGCUCUGAGCAGCGUCACCCUUUAUACCAGAAAACUGGCGGGCACUAUGGGGAAAAAACAAAACAAGAAGAAAGUGGAGGAGGUGCUAGAAGAGGAGGAAGAGGAAUAUGUGGUGGAAAAAGUUCUCGACCGUCGAGUGGUAAAGGGCAAAGUGGAGUACCUCCUCAAGUGGAAGGGGUUCUCAGAUGAGGACAACACGUGGGAGCCAGAAGAGAACUUGGAUUGCCCUGACCUCAUUGCUGAGUUUUUACAAUCACAGAAAACAGCACAUGAGACAGAUAAAUCAGAAGGAGGCAAGCGCAAAGCUGACUCUGAUUCUGAAGAUAAGGGAGAGGAGAGCAAACCAAAGAAGAAGAAAGAAGAGCCAGAAAAGCCUCGAGGCUUUGCCCGGGGUUUGGAACCGGAACGGAUUAUAGGAGCUACGGACUCCAGUGGAGAGCUCAUGUUCCUAAUGAAAUGGAAAAACUCUGAUGAGGCUGACCUGGUCCCAGCCAAGGAAGCCAAUGUCAAGUGCCCCCAGGUUGUCAUAUCCUUCUAUGAGGAAAGGCUGACGUGGCAUUCCUAUCCCUCAGAGGAUGAUGACAAAAAAGAUGACAAGAAUUAACUCUCUUGAGUACCAGCCCCUGUCACAUCUGACUGUGGGUUUCAAGUGGGGAGGGGAAGGAGUUCUACUUGUCUUGAUACCAUAGAAGUGGCUUGAGAAGAUGUCCUUUGAAGAGCCAGUAUAGUUUCUGUGCCCUACAGCAGCCCAAGUGCUUUAAAGCCGUUCCAUGCUGUAUAGUUUGCACACCCAUCCAUGUGGAGGGGAAGGAGGAUAAGUGUUUCAAGGCAAUUCAUUCUGCACUUUGCUGAGAAAAGCGAAGGACCUUCUAUGAAGGACAAAACUUGCAGAAUGGGUAUGUGUGAGAGCAAAAAGAUACUGUAGAUCUUCAAAGAGCAUCUCCACAACCCACAGCCUUCUUCCCAAUAGUGUUAACUGCAUUUUUACAGCGUAGCAUGUGUGUAGUUUUUGGCUAUUACUGCUGUAUUA